UAAUGUGCUUGUAAUUGUGGUGCAACAACAAUGAAAUAAAAUCCUCCUAGUUGCCCGUGUGGACGUAGGUUGCAGUUGGCGGCCGAACCACGUUAAAUCAUGUAUCGUUUAUUUUUCUGUAGUUGAUUCGUGAUAGUGUGUUGUUUCCGCGUGCGUUUAUUCCCAACAAGUGGUAUCGAAGCUUUGGUUCGUUAACACACCGGAAAUCCGAUCAGCAGGAACUAAAUAAGAGAGAGGAGUGUCACCUAAGAACCUGGUGCAGCAGCAGGAGCCGGAGUGAGGGCCGCUGCCAUCGAAGCACCACCAUCCCCGUCGAUCCCCACGGAGCACUGUCGCGCUUGAAUCGGGAGACCCGCAGUAGGGAGUGAGUCGCGAGAGACUCGCCGCAGUCGCCAUCAAUCGCACAGCCUAUAAUCGUCGUCAGCCACGCGCAGAGGAGCAGCCGCUGGUCCGUCCAGCCUCCGCCACUAGACACGCGAAGAGGUGCAUCUCUGGUCCGUCCAGCCGCCGCGUUGAGGAGAUCCGACGCCGUCGAGUUGAGGAGCCGCCGUUUCCGUCCAGAUCGAAAGGCGCUACCAUUGACCUAGUUGCCGCCGAGCUACUAUAUCGCCGUCCAGUACAGAUUGUCGUCACCAUUUGACUUCCGACUGCCGCAUGCAGGAGCCGCCACCGCGUGGAGGAGCCGCCGCCAUCCUCAUUUGAAGCUGCUGGUUCGAGCAGGCCACAAGCCGCUGUAGUCUUCAGCCGCAGAGUGUCCAGAAGCUUUGCUGUGCACUGGCAAAAAGGAAUUUUUUUUCUUUUGGCAGAGAUGACAGAAGAUGGGAAGUUCCGAAUUGAGAAGUUCGAUGGUACAGAUUUCAGUUGGUGGAAAAUGCAAAUUGAGGAUUUGCUGGUUCAGAAAGAUUUGGACGUGGUUCUAGGUGACAAGCUAGAAAAGAUGUCAGAUGCAGAUUGGGCAGGUUUGGAUCGGAAAGCAAUGUCUGUGAUCCGACUAUCGUUGACCAAGAAUGUUGCAUUCAACAUUCUGAAGGAGAUGACAGCGAAAGGCAUUAUGGAAGCGCUGUCUAACAUGUACGAGAAGCCAUCUGCAGCAAACAAGGUGUUUCUGAUUAGAGAAUUGGUAAAUACAAGGAUGAAAAAUGGCACUUCAGUUACCGAGCAAAUCAACAAGUUGAAUUCGAUCUUAGCCAGAAUUUCGUCAGUGGGCAUUAAGUUCGAUGAUGAAGUUCAAGCUCUACUAAUGUUAUCGUCAUUGCCUGACAGUUGGUCCGAAAGUGUUACAGCAGUUACCAGUUUAGCGAGACCUGACCGAUUCACUUUUGAGAAGAUUUGUGAUCUCGUUCUUGGCGAAGAUGUCAGAAGAAAGAGUUCUGAUUCUGGUGCUUCAUUUCAUGCUACCCACAGCGGUGAAGCAUUGCAGAAUCUAGUUGUUGGGGACUUUAGAAAGGUACGACUAAUGGACAACAGAGCUCUUGAUGUUACGGGCAUGGAUGACAUAGUGCUGAAGACCUUAGUCGGUUUCUGGACUUUGAAGGAUGUUAGAGUUGUUCCAGCCUUGAAGAAAAGUUUGAUUUCUGUCAGGAAAUUGGAUGAACAGGGACACGAAGUGAAGUUCAGAGACAGGCAGUGGAAGGUCAUAAAGGGAAAUCUUGUCAUGGCCCGCGGAAGAAAGAUCGGGUCGCUGUACAUGGUCGAGUUACUGUCUGAGGGAGUGACCAUCCCAGUUCAGAAGAGAAACAAAGUCCGGUUCACAGAGUCUCGUGGGCAGAAGAAGGUUUUCUAUGCAAGAGAGAAACCUAGAGCCACAGGUCAGACUCAUGAUGAACGAGCGAGGAAAGGUUUAAGGAGGCCAAUCAGAGGUAUCUAUGGCAGUGGGAGCACAGGUGGUGCUUCAGCCAAGGUUCUUAGAAGACAGUGGGUCCGAAGAACCAGUAUUUCAGCUGUUGAAACAUCUCCAAAAAAUUUCUUGUUGAGUAUGGAGAGUGUUUGUUCUCAGGAUGUUUCAGGAUCCGGCAGUGUGCGUCUGCAGUGGGAGCUAGUAGGGACCGAGGACGAGUCAGGGGCAGUUCAAGCCAUGACUAAUGGGUUGAAACUCAUGAAAGUUUCAACAGAGCCUUCUCGAUGAUCAAGAAGGCUGGUGGCAACUAGAGGUGGUGGAAUUUUGAGUUCCCUUAUCAGAUUACAGAAGUACAUGUGCAUAGUUGAAGCGCAGGUGAACAUUGUUCU